UCACGCCAACUUCAUCGCGAUAUAGGGUCGGAAGAAUCUGAUCAGAGAGAGUUAAACCUGAAAAAAUGUCUGAAGUGUACGACUGCAUCGUCAUCGGCGCAGGGAUCCAGGGUUCCUGUACUGCCUAUCACCUGGCUAAAAACAAGCAAAAAAGUGUACUGCUGGAGCAGUUUGUUCUGCCCCACUCUAGAGGGAGUUCUCAUGGCCAGACCAGAAUUAUACGGAAAGCCUAUGACGAAGACUUUUAUGCAAACAUGAUGCAUGAAAGCUAUGAGCUCUGGGCCCAGCUUGAGAAAGAAGCAGGUGUUAAUUUAUACAGGCCCACAGGCCUUCUGGUUAUGGGUCCAGAGAACGGAGAGGAUUUCUCAAAAUUAAAGGCCACGAUGCAAAGGAACAACAUUCCCUCUGUGUUUCUGGAGAAGCACGAGUUCAGCCAGCACAUUCCUAAUUUGAAUCUGACUGAUGGGAAUGGGGCACUGAUGGACAAUAUGGCUGGAGUGCUGUUUGCAGACAGAGCCCUCAGAGCUGUACAGGGGGUUUAUCUGUCAAACGGCGGUGUGAUAAAGGAUGGAGAGAAAGUGAUUGACAUUCAGCCUGGUGAUGUGAUCACUGUAACAACAGAGUCAGGAGUGUAUAGAGGGAGGAGCCUGGUGAUCACAGCAGGUCCCUGGGCCAACAAACUACUCACAAAUACAGGACUAGAGCUCCCAUUGAAGGUUGUGAAGAUUAACGUAUGCUACUGGAAGGAAAAGGUCCCAGGCACCUACAGUGUCGGCCAUCGUUUCCCCUGUUUUAUACAACUGGAGCCAAAAGAGGGGGAGUAUGAUAUUUACGGCCUUCCAUCCAAUGAGUAUCCAGGACUAAUGAAGGUGUGUUACCACAUGGGCAGUGAGACCGAACCGGAUGAGAGAGAUAAACAGACGGAUAGAGUGGACAUCGAUAUACUCAAGCGUUACAUCACCCGCUGUCUCCCUGGGCUGAUCCCAGUGCCUGCUAUAGUGGAGAGUUGCAUGUACACAGUCACACCAGACCAUCACUUCAUCCUUGAUUGCCACCCAACCCACAGAAACAUUGUCAUCGGUGCUGGAUUCUCAGGCCAUGGUUUCAAGUUUGGCCCUAUCGUGGGGAAGGUGCUUUCUCAAUUGGCUAUGGGGGAGGUUCCAUCCCAGGACCUGUCACCUUUCCGCAUCCAACGUUUCAAAUCCCAUUCCAGAUCUUAUCUUUAAGUCUAGGACCAUAAUAUGAAUGCAGCUGGUUUAAUAUGAUAAACAGAAUGAGGAAUUCCUAAAUGCAGCUACAGUAACUGUGCUAUACUAAUUCAAUGACCAAGUACCAUAUGCGGCAAAAAUUGGCUUUAGUGAGUGAAUAAAGUGGAGUAACUCACUUAAAGUGAUUUUUUGCAGAUUGCUAAAUUUAUAGAAAAAUAUAGUAAUGGUGGAAUAGUGUAUUUGAAAAAUAUGUUUGUGAAAAACUGAUGUACACUCACAAGAGUUGAAGACUCUGGUAAUAUCAGCCUUAGAGAAAAAUAUGUUUUAUUCUAUAUAUGGUUGCUGGUUGCACAUUCAUGAGCAGCCAUGUUGAGAUCAUAUGACCAGCCAAGUGCUUGUCUUCAGUUCCAGUCUUCAGUUCCAGCACAUUUCCUUAGGGUUAGGGUAAGGAUUAGCGCCACGAUGAUACAAUUCGACCCUUUACUUCACUUGCGCUUGGGGGGCCAUAGGGAUAAUUUUGGAUCAUCAUGCUGCAUUUACGUCGCUAGGUAUCAGCGAAUAUAAACAUUAAUAUUUUUAAGUGCACCUUUAAAUCGAAUUGUAAGAAUGAUAAAUCUUUGAUAAUUCUUAAAUAAAGACACAUAAGUCAAAACAGCUAAAUAAUCCCAUAGUCACUGGGACUAAAAAUAUAUAUUUAAAUAAUUAUACAAAAUUUCAAUGCAAAUACAUUUUCUCAAUUCACUCAAUUUGGACCCUGCCAAGAACACUAAAAAGCAUAUACACUAUGUACUGUAUGUGACUAAAUGUGAUUAUGUGUAAUUGAUUAAUAACCAUAAAUAGCUGUCUUCGCCAUUAAGCAUUAUUUCACAAAUCCUGCUGAUAAGGAGUUCUUAUUUGUCUAAUGUUCAUGAAGAUACUGGGUGACAAAUGCCUUAGAGGUUAGAUGGAUGAUAAAUCAAUAACCUGUAAUUUGAUCACAAGAGUAACUCCAACAGAGACAAUGCCUGCUGAGCUAUGUUUCAGCAUCUGCUAUCCUGACAAGAAAGCCAUUAGGCUCCUACAAUGACUUUGUAAUGCUAUUGUCUGAUAUUGUCUGAUUUUGAACGCAUUCAUCUGUGGCCAAUAGCAUCAAAAUUAAAGUGCACACUU